AUGGCUGUAUCAGACAACGCAACCAAGACCGUUGCUUUGGCUGGGGCGAGCGGUAACUUGGGUCUUCGUAUCCUAGAAUCCCUGCUCGAUGCCGAGUUCGAUGUGACAGUCCUAAUUCGCCGCGAAAGCACCCCGAUUGAUUACCCUGUCAAAGCCCGAGUGGUAGAAGUCGACUAUGAUUCGUCCGAGUCACUUCAGAAUGCUCUUAGGGGCACCGACGUUGUAGUUUCUGCAGUCGGCAAGCAGAGUGGAUUGCAGAGCCAGUUCAAACUCAUCGAUGCUGCGAUCGCCGCUGGGGUAAAACGAUUCAUCCCGUCGGAGUUCGGUGCGGAUCUCCAGAACCCUAAGAUUCGUGCCUUUCCGACCUACCGAACUAAGGUAGAGGUCGAAGAUUACCUGGAGAAGGAAGUCCGGGACACUGGAUUGACUUAUACCUACGUCUACAACAGCGUUUUGUUUGACGAAGGCCUGUCACUCGGGGCAUUUGCGAACUUCUCGACCCGGACAGUGAACAUCUUCGAUGGCGGGGACACAACAUUUUCUGCAACGAGGAUCAAGACAGUCGCGCAGGCUGUUGCUGCUAUCCUCAAGAACCUGGACGCAACUAAGAACAAGGCCGUUCGUAUCCGAGACCUUGCGAUGACCCCAAAGCAGCUACUAGAAACUCUCAAAGCGUUGGAUCAAGAUCAUGCUUGGAAGGCGGUUGCAGUCAACACCGAAUCGCUUGUCAAGAACGCCGAACAUGAGCUAGCAUCGGGCAAGUUCAGCCCAAAGGCAUUCGCAGCAUUUGCAAUGAGAGCGACCUUUGCUCCAGAGCAUGCACAGGAUUAUAGUCGGGACAACGAGCUCUUGGGUAUAAUUCACAUGACGAAGGAAGAUAUUCAAGGGGUCUUGGCUGCAAGACUGUGCUGA